AUGUCUGUUUGCAAAACACACAUGUUUUCUUGUGUAUUUGUCAGCCCUGAAGCCUGUUAUCGAUACUCACACAUCACUAGUAUGAAAAAAUUGACAACAAACGACGCGACGACGCGCGCUAUUUUCGAAACGUAACAAUAAUUUAAUUUGUUUAAAUAAUUUGUCUUAUUGCGUGUGGUUACAUAUAAUAAGUGAAAUGAGCAACAAAAGCACGCCUGUGCAGCAACGCAUACAUCAGUUCCAAGCACGUGCGCGUGGCAGUUUCGGUGCCAGUGGCAGUGCCACCAAAACCCCUGCAACAGUUGCAGUUGGAUUGCGUCGCAAAGUGUUGACACGCACGCCGAAACGCAGUGCCGAGAAGCCGGCCACAGACCAACUGUUAAAUACAGCCUUCAGCAGCGGAAUUGCAACGCCGAAACCAAAGCCAACGUCUCUGAAUGCAUGCUAUACGCCAUCCUCGCUGUAUCGCAAGACGACGCCCAGCCACAGCAGCAAUAGCAACAUCAAAAAGUCAGCGAGUAAGGCAAAAGAUAAGGAUGCCAUGGCCGAGUCAUUUCACAGCAUUGCCGAGGAGAGUAAUAUGAUUGUUGCCGUGCGCGUGCGCCCAUUGAAUGCACCCGAAUGCCAGCGCGUAAGCGUGACAAAUGUGGUCCAGGUUCAUGGAAACAACGAGCUCAGUGUUCAUGCGGGCAGCAGUGCAGAUGCCUCGGCUGGCGUAUCCCAUUUCUUUAGCUACGAUCAGGUCUACUACUCUUGUGAUCCCGAACGCAAGAACUAUGCCGAUCAGUUGGCUGUCUUUGCGGGCACAGCUCAACCCUUGAUUGAUACCGCCUUCGAGGGCUACAAUGCCUGUCUGUUUGCCUAUGGGCAGACGGGUUCGGGAAAAUCGUACAGCAUGAUGGGCAUUGAGGGACUGGACGAUGCGGCACUCGAUGGCAAUGCACCACACGUGGAGGCGGGCAUCAUACCACGUUUCUGCCACGAGUUGUUCAGACGAAUCGAUGCAGUGAAGCAGCAGCUGCAGGUGGAGGUGGAGGUCAGCUACUUUGAGAUUUAUAACGAGAAGAUUCAUGAUCUGCUUAGCGUACAACAAGCCAUGGCCGCCACGCCAGAGACGCCCGUGCAGCGACAGGCGCUUAAGGUGCGGGAGCAUCCAAUCUUUGGGCCAUAUGUUGUCGAUCUUAGCGCACAUUCGGUGGACUCUUAUUCGGCUUUGCGCAACUGGCUUGCUGUAGGCAAUUCGCAGCGUGCCACCGCCUCAACGGCCAUGAAUGACAAAAGCUCUCGCUCCCAUUCCAUUUUCAAUAUUGUGUUAAAUCUCACAGAUUUGAGCAGCGACGGCAGUGAUGGCAUGUCCUCCGAUACAGACUCCGGCACCGUUGUCUCCCUGCGCCAAACGCGUCGCAGCAAAAUCAGUUUGGUCGACUUGGCGGGCAGUGAACGGAUCAGUGUUUCGGGAUCAAAUGGCGAAAGGAUACGUGAAGGAGUUAGCAUCAAUAAAAGUCUCUUAACGCUGGGCAAAGUCAUUGCAGCGCUGGCGGAUACACGCAAGGUGGGCGGCAAUGCCACGCCCAGCACAUUUGUGCCCUAUCGCGAGAGUGUGCUCACCUGGCUACUGCGGGAAAAUCUGGGUGGGAAUUCGAAGACCGUGAUGCUGGCCACCAUUUCACCAGCGAGCCUGCAUGCGGACGAGACUCUAGCGACACUACGCUAUGCAUGCAAGGCGCGUUCUAUAGUGAAUCGGGUGAAGGUGAAUGAAUCGCCGCAUGACAAGAUCAUUCGGGAUCUGCGUGCCGAGGUGGAUCGCUUGAAAUCGUUGCGCAACGAAUAUGAACGACAAAGACGUCUCUCGGCCAACAACAAUAAUCCUCCGGCGCCACGGAAAAUCAUAAUUGAGACUUCCGUUGAUGACAGCGAAGUGGAGGCACUGCGUCAGCAGUUGGCGGAGCGAGAACGUGAGCUAAGUCGUGCUCAAAAAUCAUGGAUGGAGAAGCUAAAAGAGGCUGAGGAUCAGCGUAAGUCCGAGCUGCGGCUGCUCAAGCGCAAGGGACUCGCACUGGAGCUAACCGCCGAACAGAAGCAAGCAUGCUUAGUGAAUCUUACCGACGAUCCCAUGCUAAGUGGCACACUCUUUUAUCUAUUGCCACCUGGCAUUGUUCGGAUAGGACGUGGUCGCUCGCCAGGUGCGCCGGGGAACUCUUUGCCAGACAUUGUGCUGGACGGUCCAUUGGUAGCACUGCAGCACUGCAGCAUUGAGCACGAACGCUCCGGUCGACUGUAUGUGAGUCCUGGCAGUGAAGAUUUCGAGACCUAUGUGAAUGGCGAGCUGCUUCAGCAGAGGCGCCCUCUCUACCAUGGUGAUCGUUUGGUCAUUGGCGGCUCGCAUUAUUUUCGAAUAUCGAAUCCGUUUUGCAGUCAGCGUGGCAAGGUGGAGCAGCUUCAUGUGGACUUUCAGCUGGCGCAUCAAGAGAUUCUGCAAAAGCAGGAGCAACAGUUGCGCAACGAACUGGAGGCCGAAAAGCGGGCAGCCCUAACACGGAUCGAGCAGGAACGGGUGCAGCAUGCGCGUGACUUUGAGGAGCGGCUGCAGUGCCUCGAACUGGAGCAGUUCAAGUACAAGUGCAACAGCGAAAUGCUUGAAACCGAACGCCAAGCGUUGGCUCAGCAGCAGCUGAAGCAGUCAACGCCCAGUUACGACCUGACGACAACCCCAGCGCAAAAGUCUACGCUGCUGGAGGAUAUACAGCGCAUCAUGUUGAAUCCCAGCGAGGAGAGUCUACACAAGACACAGCUGAUGGUUAAGGAGGCGACUCAACGCUGUCGCCAGCUGGGGCUGCAGCAUCUAGAGUUCCGUCAGGCACAGACGCCGGAUGAGUUCGGAAUGUUGCGCACUGUUAUCCUUAUUGUGGACAAGCAACGCUCCUUGAAGGCCGAAUGGCCAAUAGCGCGUCUGACGGUUUGGCUAGACUUGCAACGCGAUGCGCCGCCCAGCCGUGAAUGCAACGUAUUCGAAAGCGUCGAGGUUGAUUGGGAGCCCAUGGAUGCGGCACUCAAUGAAACUUUAAAUGAUACACACAAUUCCAGUCGCAUUGCCCUGAAUCUGAGUGCCAUGAAGGAUGCGCUGCUGAAGCAGCCAUUCAAGCGUCUGCUCAGCGCAAAUAAUACACCGCAGCAUAGCUCUACGCCGACGGCCAAGACACCGGCUAGCAAUUCUCCCAGCAGCAAGCUGGCACUUUAUACCAAGCGUCUGCUCACCUACGAUUUGGAGGAGCAACUGCAGCAACAGCAGCCGGCCAGUAGUUUCUCCAAUUUAUCCCAGCUGGCACAGCAUGAGCUGCAGCUGAUGCAGCGCUCGGCGCAACGGCUGCGCCGUCUUUGUGAUCAGGCGCAGCAGGAGCGUGAGAAUCAAUCAGAUGCUGGCUGCCAGGCUGAUCAGUUACAGGAUGCUCUCAAUAGGUUGGACAGCGUGCUUCUGGGCAUGCACAGCUGUCUGGGAAUUAUGCCAAGUGAGGUUAGUUCCCCAACCAAAGCGCAGAAAGCUGUGCGUUUUCUAAUCGAUUGACGAUAAUAGUUGUAUAAAUUUAAUAGCUAUAUAUACCUAUACCAUAUAACAUCAUA